AUGCAUAAACCUGAUGUCCAGGGCACUGAUGAUCAUAGUAGGAGCGGCCAAAGCGUAACUGAUUGUGAUCAUCAUGAAGAAAGAGAUCAACCACUUAAAGAAUCAAUCGAUGAUGGGGCAUAUUGGACUGAAGGGAUACGCAAUCCAGGAUGGGUUACGGUAGCAGGGAUAUGGAUGAUGUACUUUGUCAGCACAGGUUCUACCAAUUCUUGGGGUAUCUUUCAGGCAGACUAUAUCAAAAUGUAUUCAAAUGAGGUUGCUGUGUCCUUUAUCGGUAGUACGACAGUUGCCAUCCUGCAACUAGGCAUUCUAAUAACGCCAUUGAUACGUCGAAUUGGUGUUCGUUAUACUAUGUUGUUAGGCGCAUUGAUUUCCACAGUGGCAUUGAUCCUUGCUAGUUUUGCAACCAAAUUAUGGCAACUCUUUGCAGCCCAGGGGUUUAUGUAUGGGAUUGGGUUAUGCUUGGUAUUCAAUACGCCAACAACGUUGACCUCUCAAUGGUUUGUGAAGAAUCGUGCGCUGGCAAAUGGCAUUUCAUGGAGCGGAGCGACCAUGGGUCCAAUAGUAUUAGCUAAUAGCUUCCAAGCAUCGUUAUUGGCUUUUGGACGACAAAUAACCUUAACGAUCAUGGCUAGUGUUGUUUUCAUUAUGCUUUUGAUGUCUGCAAUCUUAUCAAGACCACGAUAUCCUGUACUCCGCUCACCAAAGAACAAACCAUCUACCAAAAAGAUAACCAAAGAUGAAAAGGUUUCUUCAAAAGAUGAAUGCUUGGACAAUUCUCUUUUGAGUAUACGUUUCUUGCUGAUCCUCCUCUUAUCUUUCACGUUCCCUUUCCACUGGCAAACAAUUUUAUUUCUUGCACCGUCUUAUGCUCAAAAUGUGGGUGCUUCACCAACUCUGGCUGCUUUCGUUAUUACCAUCGUCUUUGUCAUGGCCUCUAUCUCGCGUAUUGGUUUCGGUUUCAUAGCUGAUCGAUAUGGGCGACUCAAUGUGCUCACGGCAACUCUAUCUAUUAAUGCCCUCCUUAUCAUGACCUUAUGGCAGCACGCCGAUACAAUCCCAAUGUUUGCAGUCUUUUGUGGAUCCCUUGGUCUUUUGGGUGGUAUUUUUCCAAACAUGAGACCUGUAGUUGUCAGCGACCUUGUAGGCAUGAGAAAAGCACAAAAGGCUAUUAGUUGGUCUUAUUUGCUUUCGGUACCUGGUAGUCUUAUCGGCGAUCCUUUUAUUUCUUACAUUCAUUCUCGCCAUGGUUGGACUGUUUCUAUCCAAACAAUUGGCGCAAUCGCAGCGAUUUCGGCAAUAUCAGCCAUGGUUGUUCGAUUCUUGACUAAUAAACAGUUAUUUGCCAUCGUAUAA